AUGUGCAUACAUCGACCUGAAGGCUUGUUAUUUAAGUUGACCUCGAAAAUAAUCCAAAAAAUAUCCCCGAGCUCAAGUCUUCUUCACUUCGUCUCUUCACAAACAAAACACAAAGGAAAAAUCGACAAAGCUAUCAAAACACAAAGUCAGGAAAAGAACAAAAAUACACAAACACAAUAA